AUGACGGACGUGACAGAGUUGAGGUGCUGGCCGUCGUGUGUCGACGCGGUUGAUUGGUCUCAUGAUGGCAUCAUUGCAUUAGCCUCUGAUGAGCGUGUCGAGCUGUUCUUCCCAAAUACAGUCAGUUUCGAUGGGGACCAAGACGUCCCGCAGUGGCAACAUGUGCCUCUCAAAGUACCUCUGUUUUCCUACGAUGAGCUGCCAGUCAAGGAACCUGCGCCAUUGCCCACGUACUCGCUUGGUGAAGAAAUCUCAAGCAGCGUACCUAUUGCCAUAGCUUGGUCACCUCCUGGUCUUGCAAAGCAUCGAAGAUGCGCGCUUGCCACACUUACUGCGAACCUGGUCCUGUCACUCUGGUCAACGGAGAGCAAGCCACAGGAGGAAUCGAGCUGGAGUCGUCGCCUUAUCGUCAAUAACGCGCUUGCAGACUACUUUCUCAACAACGUGGCUGAUGAGCCUAGUCACCUUGGCUCGGGGCUUGGGGAGCAGAUGCGACUGAGGACCCGUAUUCGGGCAUUUGCUUGGGCGCCUGCUUUGCCUAGCUCUGAAGCGAACGGCAUCGUGGGGACACGCUUGUCGUACGGUCAACACAUUGUAGCCGUGUCCAACGACGACAAUCAAGUUGCUUUCGCCGUCAUUGACUCGCCCACCUCAACCCUUGGAGUGGAUAAGAGCUGGAGCGCAGAGGUGCUGACCCACUUCUCACUGACACCAGAUUCGGAAAGCAUCUUCUCUGAGCCAAUUGUCUUUGAAGACAUAAUCAAACAACAAAGACACGUUUCGCAUGUUGCGUGGAGUCCAUGGAUCAUUCGAGGCGAAUGGUAUCAUGCCGUAGUCGUGUACGCUACAAACGAAGAUGUGCGAGCAAGGAUUAUAACGUAUACACAUGACAGCAUCGGACUAGGCGACGAGGUUGUCUAUCCCGAUAUCCAACUACGAUACAAUGGGCCGAUGAAGUGGUCUCCUAGGGUCGAGGAGGGAAAUAAACUCAAGCUUGCCCUAUUCGCGAACUCGGGGCUUGUACAUCUGACUAUUUCGGCACACGACGCUUCAAUCAUUGACCAGAUCACUCACGACCUUGAUGGACGGCAGGACCAGAUUUCAGGGGCUAUUUGGGAUUCCGCUCAGCACCCAACACUUCGCCUUCAUUUCAGCUCGCUGUUAUCGACCCUAGAGAAGCCGACCGCUGUUGUCGAAGCAUCGUUUGAUGGGCUCGAGAAUCUCACCUCUCCAAAUUGGCGAGAUCAGAUUGAAAAUAACCUAGUGCUCUUCAGUGUCAAGAACGAUCUCAAAGGCAACAGUAAGGCAAAGGUCUGGGGGUUGACUACCUCCCCACUUGGAGACUUCAUUGUAGCCUGCAGUAGCGUACAUCCUUCGGAUAUGAUCGAGUAUGGGCCGCCUGCAGAUCGGCGUGGGACCAUUGCCAUUAGCGUUUUGCGACAGUACAGUCAACUACGAAAGGCCUUCCCAGCACGGAAUGUGAGCGCGGAAGGCAUUCUCUACACCCUGAAGAAACUGGCCGAGAAUACCGUCGAAGACGCCGCUCAGAUGCCCGCGUUCGCCGAAGAGAUUGUAGACAAGCUCAUGCAAGCUUACUCAUCCUCUCCAGGCUCCAUAAGCGGCAAGGGCAAUUCAACAGCGUACCCUGACUCUAGCAACCUCGAUGCCCUUGUUGAAGCGCUCAAAAAGGCAGCUUUCCUCGAUCCGAAUACACUCAGAGACCGCUAUACGAUUCUUGCAUCUCAAGCCUGCAAGGUUACUUCGUCCAAUAAUAACCUCUUGAAAACCCUCAUCGCUUAUCGCCUCGCAACUGCACUACAAGACCUAUCGUCAUCACUUGUUCAGACGUCCUUUAGUACUGAGAUCAUUAGCCAGCAUCAGCAACUCAUGUGCCUAGUCCACACUCUUGCCGAACCUGACAAGUUGGAGGCCGAGCCUUUCAUGAACAGGGUGAACGGCGCAAACAACGGAUCGAGCGGGUAUCCAAGUGUAGUCAUGGAUGAUGCUAUAGCACGUAUAGAGCCUGCCGCCUCUGGGGUAGACAGGUGCGACUUUUGCUUUGCGCCCAUACCUUUCACAGAUUUAACAACAUGUACUUGUACUAAUGGACAUGAAUUUCCGAGGUGUGGCCUGAGCUUCCUUGCAAUUCAAGCACCAGGCGUUACAAAGUAUUGUGGCAUUUGCAGUACGCCAUUUUUAAACGAAGACUUUGUGAUGGCGCAGGAGGUGGGAGUUCGGGAACAUGACUUGGAGAAGGGGGGGUUCACAGCUGUGAAACAUGUGGUUCAGGAGGGGAACAUGGCUACUGAAUCUGAGAAGAGGGAGCUUCCAGUCACACUGGCGAGGGUACUAUUUCUCGCUUGCGACGUGUGCAUCUAUUGCGGCGGCAAGUUUGUAGGAUGA